UGGUUUAGAGAUGGCAUUGACUACAGUGUGGCAGAAGUCUUACAUUUAAAAUGUAUUACGGCACUAUAUCUAUGGUUUUACUCUCUUGAUUAUCUUGGAAUGUUCAAUUAACUCUUAGAGAAAACGUGGUUUUAAUUGUUUUCAAUCAUUUCAACAUUUGAACUAAUGAAUGUUUUGUUUUUCGUAAAAAAAAUAUUUACAGCAAGCAAAACGGCCGAAAAUUGUUGUCCAAGCGCCCCACAACAACCAGAAACAGCAGUCCAUCCAUGUCAUGAAAAUCAAGUGAUGUGUGAAGUAAAUUCUUCGCCAAAAGGUUGUCAUGACGACGACGAAAAAUCACCAUCAAAUAAUGAAGCAGUGGCCGAAGAAAAUUGCAGUUGUCAUUUAUAGAACACAACGAUUUUCUUUACAACUAUGAAAUUUUUAUGCGAUUGAUAUUGAUAUUGAAGCUAUGAAAGAUUUGCCGAAAUUUUCGCCAACUAAAAAAAAUUAAGCCAAUCAAAUUAUUUUUCGAUGAGAUUCCAAAAUGAAAGCUAUUGAUGUGAUCAUCUGUUGCUCAAUGUAUUUUUUUUAGGUUUUUAAGUCAAUUUGAAGUAAAAGCAAAAUGAAAAUAAAAAAAAUCGAAACAAUUUUGUAAAUAAAACAACGAUUCGACUUGAACUUAUUCAGAGUAUAGAUUUCCAAAUCUAGUACGUCAGUUUUCGGUUGUCUGCUGAAGUGUUCUAAAUGGAAAAUGGCGCUAAAAUUAAGUGUCAGUUUGGCAUGAACACAAAAAGUCAACAGGUUCAUACAUAUACGCUGUUUGCGCUAGAACAUAGUUUGAAUAUGAUGUGAAGUAUAUUUCGUUUUGAGUAUUUUGUGUAUAUUUUCGUUUAAAGUGUCCAACAAGUGUGCAAACAAUGUAUAAAGGUAAACGAUAUCGAAUUGGUGGUGGAAUCAAAAAGGUUGAAUCGAGUAAAAGUUCGAUUACAACGAUUUCGGAGAAUUUGAGUACAAUUUCAUCAGCAACCAAUCCACCGAUAACAUCGACACCGAAUGAACCGAUUGCUGGUCCGAGUAAUGUAUUGAGUGGACGUGAAAAUGUACCACCAAGUCAACCGGCAGCAUCACAAAGACAACAACCAGUAAUCAUUUCAAACGAUGACGAUUUCGCUGUUCCACCGAGUCAAGUAGUGCAGCCGAGUCGGUACAUCUCUCAACGUAGCGCUCUUAUUCGAUCUCAACUGUCAAACACACAACAAACGCCGUCAUCUUACUUUGACAGUGUGUUGAGUCGUUGUGGUGUUGUGCUCACAGGCCGCAAUUCAGAAUUGAGCUACACACUCAAUUGUGACCACUUGAAAUUUGUAGUUCGCCUUCGACGUGAGCUCACCUCUCAUCCAAAAUACCCAGAGAAUAUUCAAACAUUUCUCUCCGGUAUAAACGAGACAAUGAAGAACAGCAUACAGUUGACUAAGUUGCUUAGCGGCUGCAUGAUCACAUUGCCCAACAUAGAAGUGAAAAAACAGUCGAUGGAAAGUUUGAUGAAUGAUUUUCUUAUGAUUGACUUUAUGCAAAAAGACAUCAUUGCAAUUAUUAUGCGAAAAAUUAGAGUGCUGGCUGUUGAAGAAACAAAUGCGUCCAACAUGGAGAUCGACCUACUGUUGGCACAAUUGAAAUUCGUCGAUCAUUUGUCGCAUGGCGAAUUUGUGUGUGAACAAGUGUUUGAAGCAUUGGAAACAGCAUCGGAUACAGCACGUCGGACAAUCAUCAAGAGCCUUGAGGACAUUGUCGACUUGACCAGACACAAUGACGUUAUUGAAAAAUUGAUGCAACUUAUCCCGAAUGAUGCUGAUCUAUUGACAGAAGAGACCAUUGAUACAUUUGGUAAUAUGUGCCUGAGCCCCAGUAUUCAUUCGCAGAUUUGUCAAAAAAUCAUUCGCUACAUCAAAACCAGCGCACCGAAUACUUUGUUGCCAUGCUUCACCAAAUUCAUUUUGAAAUUCAGCACCGAAGAAGUUAGCAGAUUGCGUGAAAUAAUCGAAAACUUACGAUCUUGUUUGCGAUGGCCUGAUGAAUUGCCAACGACUCGAUCGAGCAUUCAGAAGAAUCAGCGUGAAGUUUUCGGCUGUGUGUCACGAAGCCUGAUCCGUUCGAAACAGUUAUUCGAUGUUUGGCUCAAGCACAUUCAGUCGAAUUCUGAGCAACACAAACCUAUUGAUUUCAUCAUUUUGCUUAUGAUGAUGACGAUUAAUGAUGAAAAAAGUGUAGCCAUUGAGAAUAUCAUUCGUCGAAAGCUAAAGGGAGACAUCAUCGAUGUAAAACUGCUCGAAGAAACCGUUCGCCUUUUGCCCGUCAUUUUGCUUGAUUAUUCUAAAGUGCUCUUCGAACUUCUCGACACAUUUGUACGUGACAAAAAUCCGGUGAUUUCGAAUUUUGCAAACGUUGGAUAUCGGCUUAUUUUCGGCAUUGGUUCAUGCGAUCGAAAAAUCUUGCUGUCGCGCUUAGUAGGAUUUGUAUGCGAACGAAACGCUCAAGCGUUAAAUUUGGCUGAUUCUGGGGUUGCUGCGAAUAAGGCUUCGUCACAAAAUGACCUCACAACGAGUGCUUUGAUGAUUUUGAGUGAAAUCAACCGAAAGUAUCCCACUGAAAUGAAAUACAAUGGUCUUCAAAUCAUGCGUUUGAUCGAUCACUCCAGUGAUUUCUCCUUGGGUCAAUUUCGGUUGGUCAUGAACAUAAUUUGUUCGAUUGCCUACAGCGAUCCACCAUGUGAACAGCUCAAAGAUCAUAUCGAUAUGUUGGUGAAGAAACAAGUUUCAAGUAGCAUUAAAAAUGUGAAAAACCGUGGAAUCAUUGGCGUGGUUCGAGUAAUCGAUCACAUGGUCUGGGAACGAAAGGAGGAGAGCGAUUCGGGAUCGGAAGAAUUGAACAAUUCAUUCGGCACAAUCGAUUCGCUUCCGACGAAACUGUCGAAGGUGGCUGCCAAUUACAUAGAGUUGGCCAUCACUUCAGCGCAAAGCUGUCCACAUCACUUGGCGUUGUUCUUUGACGAACUCGCCAGUGUAUUUGUUGUUCGGAACAAAGAACGAAAAGAUUAUCAGAUUAACAAGCCAUAUUUAACAUGGCUCAUGAAUCUGGUGACCGGUUAUUUCGAAGGAAAUUUCAUAGUUGAUGAGUUGCCAGCCUGCGACCUCAACCAGCGCCACUGGGAUCUGCGAAUGAUGCGCGUUCUGAAUAGUGAGGAAGAGAUGCUGCAAACGGAAACCGAAAUUCCCACCGUGAUUGCUGUCAAUAUUGCUGGUACUCUGCUGAAUUCGAGCGGCAGUGCCUUGAAAUCAAUCACGAUUCUAGCUUCGUUGUUCAAUCUGCUGCGAGUGCUAUAUUUCCGACGUCACAACGGCAACUUAUCGGCAAUAAAUGCUAUCCUCGGAGCUGGCGUUGUUCUGCCACAUUCCAUGGAUCCAUCGAUGAAUGUGGACAUUUUUGAUGAAUUCGAUGAAGAACGAGCCCGACGUGUACUCGAUAUGUACCUCUACACAGUGAAUCAUUGGCGUGAAUGUGUGAGUGCGUACACAAGUCAAAGUGAUAGUUCUAUGCGUGAAAAGGUUCUGACACGACUGUCCGAAAUCCUCGAAUGGGAACAGAAGAUAAAAGAAACAUUGGCCCAUGCGCCUGACGAUUACGUGCCACCGACUUGCAUCUUCCUCACGGAAUCGUCUGUUUUGCGUAGCAAUAUGUCACGAUUCAAGCGAACAGCCGCUAAACGGCCGGCAGCGAAAAAGAAGAAAGGAAUUCCGAAAACUCAAACCAGCCAAAUGCCAAACACAGCAAAUCAAACGGCUGAUGUAACCGUGCAACCGACGGCUAGGACAAUGCCGAAACGAUCGAACGAUUGGAGCGUGAAUUUGAAUGAAUUUCUUCGAUGCAUGGAUCCAGACGUUCUUGUGCUAUUUGAAGGAAAUCUCGUUAUGAAAUAUCCACUGCCAACAGAAUCUAUCGGCAAAUCUUUGGGUUUGAUGGAGUUCAAGUUUUUGUUGGACGACUUGACGCAAAAAAUCGAAUCAAUCUUUGGUGUGCGGAAGUUUGGCAAUUCCGUCGAAUCAUGUCAAAGUAUUGCUUUUCCUGCCGAAUUCAUUUCGGAUGUGGUUGACUUCUUGCCGAAAAUAUUGGGUCAUUUUGAAAUGGUGACGAAGCAGCUCAAGAAAAUCGCUGGCAACUCAGAAAAAGCAGAUAUGGACGAUGAUGAUUCAGAGUCGGAGGCACUUUCGGAAGAUUUAUUCAGCGAUGAAGCAAAUUUAAUGAAAGUUUGCUUCGGACUGUGCAUACGAUUGUUGGCUGCAUUAUUCACAUGGCCUGAAUUUAACGAUGAUGUUAACAAGGAUACAUUGAAAAAAGCUUUGAAAGCCGUGAGCGGUGAAGUGGAUGAAAAAGACGAACCAGAAACGAUUGGCGAUUUGGCUUUGGCUGGUAUUAAAAACAUAACACAGAACGCUGACGUUGCAGUCGAUUUGCAUUCAGCGGUGUACAUGUUCCAUUUGGCACAGGCGCUGAUCAAGCACGUUUCAGUGAAGGAUGCAUACAGCGUUCACGUUGUUACACUGUGCAAAGGAUUUUUAAAUCGAAAAUGGUUUGGUUUUGAAGGCCGCGAAAUGACUGGCGGGGAAUACAAUUCGUUGAUGGAGCAAUUGCUGAAGGGUUACUUCAAAGAUGCAAAAUUCUCCUUCAUCCGAACUAACCUUCAGUUCAUCGAAGCAGAAAUAAAUGAUUUACGUUCAAAAGGAGGCAAAUUGAAUACGCUGCCAUGCAUCAAAGUCACGAAUUUCCCUGCGCUCUAUCGCGAAGUGUUUGCAGCUUUGAUUGACUCAAUGCAUCGGAAGUUCGAUAAGAAUGCCCAAUCGACAAAUCAAUUGAAAACUUGGGAAAAUUCCGUCAAAAUUAUCGACCAACUUUUAUCCAUUGCAAAAUCGGCAGAUCUUUCUCGCGUUUAUUUCUUCUAUUUGAAGAACACACAUUCGUACCUCAAGCUAUUUCUGCAGCACGGAAUGGUGAUCAUAGAAUCAAGUUUACGUCGAAAAGUUGAUGAUGUGGUGUCUUUUUUGCAAAAAUUGCAGGUGUCCACUCGAUUUUUGCACAAUUUAUGCUGCCAUUCAAAGGCCAUUAAAGACACAGCAAUCAUCGCUCUAAUUCCAACAUUGCGUGAAACAGUCACGCAGCUUGUGUACAAAGUGAAGGCUGCACUGGCUGGCUGCACUGGCUGCUCGCUGAGUUUCUGGGCUGGAAACUUGAAAAACAAAGACAUAAAUGGCGAAGAGAUUUUGUCACAGGCCACUUCCAUCACUCGGAGUACAUUGAGUGACGACAAUGUGAACGAUAUAGCCUCAAUCAAUGGUGGUUCAAAUGGGUCGAGCCAAUCGAAGAGAAAAUCCGCGAGUCAGAAAGCAAAACCGAGAAAGCGCAAGUUGCGAUCAAUUGGCGAGGAAUACGACGAAGAAGCACAAGGUGAAGGUGAAAAUUCGACUAAUUCAUCACGUAGCCGAUGCUUCUGAAAGAAAUUCGUAUAUACUUUAAGCAAAAAUCUCAUACAACAAGACAAACAAACUCUGAAGACUUUGACAUUUCAAAUUCUCAAUUUUAAAUGUUAUUUCUUUAUUCCAUUAAACAUACAUAAUUUUCGACA